AUGAAUAUUGAAUAUUUUGAAUAUUAUUAUCUUUAUUCAAUAUCAUCAAAUAUGUCCAAUGAUUCAAUAAUUCAAUUUAAUAUAAAUUUUCAUCGUAUAUAUCCUUGGUUAUUAUUACCAUUUGGUUUUAUUGGAUCAUUAUUAACAAUACUUAUAUUUACACGAAAAAAAUUUCAAAAAUUUGGUUGUUCAAUAUUAUUUGUUGCUGAAAGUUUUAUGGAUUUAAUAUUGAUUACACUAAAUUGUAUACGUCUUAUAAUACGUUAUACAUUUCGAUCGUAUUUUUUACAACGUUCAUUAUAUAUAUGUCGAGCAUAUAAAUUUAUAACCAAUUAUUUUUCUCAUUGUGCUGUAUGGAUAUUAUGCGUUAUAUCACUUGAACGUGCUGCUGUAACAAAACGUUAUGUUUGGAAUAAAAAUGUUUUUAGCCGUAAACAUUCAUAUUGUACAUUAAUUAUAAUGUAUAUUAUAUUAUUUUUUCUUAAUAUACAUUAUUUAAUAUUUUUUGGUUCAAAACAAGAACGAAAUCAAGAUUUUCCAAAUAAUGAAACUGAAUAUAAAAUAUUAGCUAUGUGUAGUUCAAAUUUAAUUCGAUCAUCAAAAGAAAAUUAUGAACAUUUUUUAAUUUAUUAUUUUUCAUGGAUGGAAUUUUUAAUAAAUUCUUUAAUACCAUUUAUUAUUAUUUUAAUUGCAAAUACAAGUGUCAUGCAUUCUGUUUGCAAAUCACAUAUAUAUAUGAAACAAUUAGGUAUAAGACAAACACGUUCACCACGUGAUACACAAUUAGCAUAUAUUUUAUUCGUUUCAACAUUUCUUUUUUUAUUAUUAACAUUUCCAUUACGAGUUUUUUCUGUUAUUGAACCAUAUUUAAAUUAUGAAAAAAAAUAUUUAAUUUUAUUAGAUGGUAUUAUGAGAUUUUUAUUAUAUCUUGAUCAUGGUUGUGGAUUUUAUUUAUAUACAUUUACAGGAGAAUUAUUUCGUCGUGAAUUAAGAAAAUUUUUUUAUGAAUGUUUAUUUAAAUUAUUUCGGCAAAGAUAUUUUAAUUGGUCAUAUGUUGAAUCAAGACGUCAAAGUGAAUUGAGUUAUUCAAAUGGUGUUGGCGGAGGUUCACAUUUUUUUCAUCAAUUACAACAUGCAAAUAUGCAAUUAAGAGAUUCAGUUAGUAGUUGUACAGGUGGUGGAACUGGUACUGGUAUAAAAACAUCAUUACAUUCACUUCCAACACAUAAAAUUUAUCAACCAGUAUCUUAUCAUCAAUGUGCUUAUGCAAGAUCAUCUGGAACAAAUAAAUUAUCAAAUUCAUCAUCACGUUCAAAACUUAGUCCAUCAACAGGAAUAAAAAAUUCAUUUAUAUAUGAGCAAAAACAUGGUCUUGUCAAGCGACAUAGUUCAUCUUGUUUUGAAUCUCAAUAUAAACCAUUAACUAUUCCGUGUUCAUCACAGAAUCCAAUACCUACACAUGAUCUUGAUCGAAAAAGCGAUAUUAUUUAG